AGAGUCUUCAAUUAUAACCUAUACGUACGUGACUUGCAAAUUCUAAUAAAAUUAACUCACAAAUAUUCCAUGUCGAUCGACCAUAAUUAUUUGUUUAGUAUAGGAAGCUGUUACGUAGCCGUCGCGUCGUCACCCUCAACUUAAUGACAAUCUGCGAUGAGAAUUCUAAUUGAGAACAGUAAUUGCAUAAUAACUCAAGUUUUGAUCAGUAUAUACUUAAGUAAGCUAGUAGCAAAAAUAAUGGAACGUUGGCAAAAUCGUGUUGCAGUUGUAACUGGAGCCAGUUCAGGCAUAGGAAAAGCCAUAGCAAAUGAUUUAAUCAAAGCUGGAAUGAAAGUUGUAGCUGUUGGAAGACGUCUUGAACGUUUAGAAAAAAAUCGUUCACAACUUCCCAAGAAUCUUCAAGAUUUCUAUUAUCCCCGAAAAUUAGACAUUACCAACGAAACAGAAGUAAAGAAAACUUUUUCUUGGAUUGAAGAAACUCUUGGUGGCACGGAUAUUCUAGUGAAUAAUGCAGGAAUUCUACGAUUUGGCAAGUUGCUUGAUAUGAAUUCAAGAGAAUUCAACGAUGUUAUCGAUACAAAUGUUAAAGGAUUAAUUUAUGCAACUCAAGCUGCUUUUAAGAGUAUGAAUGAUAGAAAUAUCGAUGAUGGUCAUAUAUUGCAUAUUAAUAGUUGGCUUGGACAUCAUGUAAUUGGAGAUCCAAGUUGUGCCAAUUUGAAUGUUUAUUCAGCAUCAAAAUUUGCAGUUACAGCUAUCAAUGAGACCUUGAGGAAUGAAUUGAGGUCGAUAGGAAGUAAAAUUAAGACUACAAGCAUUAGUCCUGGUGGAGUGAGAACUGAAAUUCUACCCAAGGAAGCGUAUGAAAAUAAUUCAACAGUUCUUGAAGCUGAAGAUGUGUCACAGGCUGUGUUAUUUGCAAUUUCUACUCCAAAACACGUUCAAGUUCUUGAGUUGAUUAUAAAAGCUGUUGGAGAACCAAUUUAGAUUGAAAAUUUAGGGUUAAAAAGUU